AUGUCCUUCACACAGAGCCCUUCCGAGGACCCCAGCCACGGUGAACCUCCCACCGGUAUUCGUGGCAUAUUCCGGUCCCUGUCAGUACGCCAACGGGAAAAGAGCCAAGAAAAGAAGGCAGCCAGACAGAGACAGCAGAAUUGGACACCCCCGGAUUCUGGGGACUCUAAGAGCUGGAGCCUGGAGGAAAUCCAGCAGGAAUACGAAAUUUUGCUUCAGAAGUACAAGGAGACCACCCGAGACCAGAACUAUCUGGCCAAAGCCAGCAUCACCAACAAGAAAGAGUUAACGAACGCUGGAAACGUGGCCAAUCAGUGCCGCGAAUGGGUACACGACUGUAAGAAGACCUUACAGUGUCUGGAGGAGUCUCUACACCUUGUCAUUAACAAGGAGGAGACACAGGCGGCAAUUGCAAAAGCCUGCAAGCAUCCAGGGCCAGAGAAUGUACACCUGGCCAUGAAGGGGAUCAGUGACGCCGACAAGCGCAUCACUGCUCUUCAGACCCAGAUUCGGGGCUACGUACGAUGCUCUUCGACAGUGGCUGAACAAGGAGCCUGGCUUUUAAGCCACUUAUUCCUUGUCCCCUGUGUUUCCUGGAGUUGA